AUGAACGAUCCAUACAUGCAGGAGAUCAUCGAUGGGACCAAGACAUAUGAGUUCCGCAAAUACAACAUGGCGGGCGUUAAAAGAAUCUGGUUCUAUCGAACUUCACCUCACUCAGCCAUCACACACGUUUGCGAGGUCGACGAAGCUGCCAACAGAAACCCCGGUGAUGCUCCUCUCCCAGAAGAUGGAGUCGGGAACAAGGAGUACAAUGAUCGGCACGCUGACUGGGAUGGCUAUGACUAUGCCUACCGCAUCAGGUCUGUGCAUGAGAUUGACAACGGAGGCAUCACAUGGGCCAUGAUGAGAGAUGUCCACGGCUUUGAGAUUGCCCCUCGGGGAAGAGUGAUGCUACCACAGUCAAUUGCCACUCAAUAUGAAUGGGCGGCACAGACUAAAAUCCGAUGA